UGUCGAGACGGAAUGUGACAUGCCUAGUUUCAAAUGCAGCCAUUGACACACCUUACGAAGUGCACGGCAUUCUAUGUAACGUGGAGAAAGGAAGCCCGCCCGAGCUAACAGUUCCCGAAUUCCUUGUUGGAGAAAGCUCGAAAGCAGUAUGUGAAGUGCGCAAUGCUAUCCCAGCUCCGGCAAUAGAAAUACACAUUGGCACAGUCUUGCUAGCUGAUGUUCAAAAAUCGGAUUUAUUUAAUAAAUAUUCUAAUACAUUUACAAGUCAAGCAAAGGCGACAAAGACUAACACAUCUUGGAAUGGAAAUGAAAUGUGUUGCAUAAGGCAAAGCAACGAUUAUUUUGGUCUAAAAGCUGUGUCAAUAUGCAAAAACAUCAGUAUGAAAUGCGGGCAAUGCCAGGACAAUGACAAUCAGACAUUUUCUUCAAUAUUCCGAUUUCCUAUCAAGAAUCUUCUUAUUGGAACAGGUGUUUUUUGUGGAAUCUGCAUCGGUCUUGCAAUUGGAAGAUGUAUAUUUCUUAAACGGCGAAAGGUCAGCAAUAUCAUCACAAUAGAAAGUGUUGAAAAUCACAGUGAAACAGACACUUUGGCGGACAAUGAUGUUUCACACAUAACAACGGAAGGUGUCCAGUUAGCAGUCGUACAGAGACAGCCUGCCAAAAAGAGCAUUGAAACACAGCAACCACAUAAUGACGACAGUCCUGAGUACGACGAGUUGGACACCAACGUUCUACAGGAAGCUCAGGCCAGAGUUCCGUUGAGGAGAAAUCAUACGCCGACGGAGUAUACUAUCAUUGAAUUCUCCUCAACACAGGAACCCGCUGUAGAAAACCAGUGUACGACAAUGCAUCAGUGUUAA